GUAAUUUAAUUCAAGCCAAAUUAUUUAUUUUCCUUUUGUAUAAAAAAACCCUGAAUUUCAAUGUGUGGUCUUUAAAAUAUUUUUCUGCUGGAAUGGAACUUCUCUCUGUAAAAGUGAAAAAAGGAAGGUUGGAUAAAACAACUGAAACAUCCAAAACAUAUGUUGUUUUAAAAGUCCAAAAUUUAAAAAGCACUACAAUAGAUAGAAGAGGAAGGGAGCCUUGCUGGGAACAAGACUUCAUGUUUGAAAUCUGUGCUGAUGGAAAGGGCUUCAUUGUAGAGCUGUGGAAGAAAGGCUUGCUCUGGGACAGCAUUUUAGGAGUUUUAUGGAUUCCCCUUGCCACUGUGGAAUAUGCAACCGAUGAAGGCCCAGGUUCCUGGUGGAGAUUGCAUUCUGAAGUAAUAAAAAAUGGAAGUGAGAUUCAAGGCACGAAAACACCCACUUCUCAUGAGAUCUUACUAGAUAUCUACUUUGCACUACCAUUUGAUACCAACAGAGAUUUAGAUUGCAGACAUUUGCACAGAGUGACACCCCUCCAAUGUACAAGACAUUCACAUCAAGAUACAAAUGACAGUCAGACAUCCAUGGAAAGUGGGCUCAGCAUACAAGAAAGCAAACUCAGGAGAAAUACAGACCAAGACAAUGGAGGUAAUUUUGCAAAAGCAAGAUGGGCCAGGGCUAUUCAGAAGACACUUCAAGAAUCCAUGUGCAACACAGUGAGAUUUUGCAAGACAUACAAAACCUCUUCAGGAUUUUGUUUUGAACAAGCAGAUGUGUGA